AAAGACUUCCUAUUUAUACAGACCUCUCAUCGGUGCACUUACAGGACUUGCCAGCCUCUCUCAGCAUCAUCAUCUAACACCGAGGUACAUUGUAGCUACGCCAACAGCUUCAGAGACAAAAGAAGAAGCUUCAUGCAACAUCUCUGAAGACAGCUUACCUGAGCUCACGCCAUACUAAUAUAUUUGUUCACCACAUCCCGAGUCGGCAGGCCAUCAUGUUACUCCAACUGUUUCUCAUCUCCACGGUUAUGUCGUCAUUGACGACAGCUUCUCCUCCACACAUUUUGCUCAUCGUCGCCGACGAUCUGGGAUGGGGUGACGUUGGGUGGAGAGAUCCCUCCAUGUACACCCCGAACCUGAACCGUCUGAGGGCGGAGGGGGUAGAGCUGACCAACAUAUAUACACAACCUUCCUGUACCCCAUCCAGAGCUGCUCUCUUAACGAGUACCUACCCGUUUCGAAUGGGGAUUCAAAAUUCUGUAUUUAACAAUCUUCAGAAUAUCUCCGUGCAGCUGGACAAGAAAAUGUUGCCGCAGAGUCUGAAGGAGCUCGGUUAUGCCACUCACAUGGUGGGCAAGUGGCACCUGGGCUUCUGUCGCUGGGACAUGACACCCACACGACGAGGGUUUGACACCUUCUACGGCAUGUACGGCGGGGUUGAAGGCCACUUUGACCACACCGGUACAUGGAACGGUUACGAUCUUGUCUUCAACGACACACCGUUGUGGUCCGCGAAUGGCACCUACUCCACACACCUGUACACUCAAAGAACCAUCGAAAUCUUGGAGACCCACAAUUCAUCACAGCCCGUUUUUAUCUACCUAGCUUAUCAGGCUGUACAUGAACCACUAGAGGUGCCUGAGUACUACGUCAACAAUUUCUGCGCUAACGUCACCGCGUCUGCAGACCGGAAGUUGCGUUGUGGAUUGGGGGCGGCCAUGGACGAGGGCAUCGGUAACAUCACGCGCGUGCUGGAAGAGCGGGCUUACAUGGACAACCUGCUCAUCUUAUUCAUGUCGGACAACGGAGGGCCCGUGAACACUGGUUCCAGCAACUGGCCGCUGAGGGGGUCCAAGCUGACUCUGUGGGAAGGAGGAACCAAAGCCGUAUGUAUAGCCAAAAGCAAGACACUGCUGACGGCCAACACAUCAUUCAAUGGACUUGCCCACGUUGUUGACUGGUACCCGACUCUUGUACGACUGGCCGGAGGCAACUCAACCAUUGAGGGUAUAGAUGGCCUUAACCUUUGGGACAGCAUCGCCACCAACGGGGUCAGCCCGCGGCAAGAGUUUAUCUACGACGUCAACGACGUUAAAAACCGUUCUGCGCUACGUUACAAAAAUUACAAAAUGACAUGGAACAAGCCAGGCAGCCCGGAUGGCUGGUACAACCCUCCACCUGAGGUAGAGCAGCCUCCGGAGUCAAACUACUCAAAACUGUACAUGCUGUUUGACCUGGACACCGAUCCCACGGAGACGACGGACAUCAGCACUCGAGCAGACGUCAAGACGGUCUACAAGUCCAUGAAGACCAAACUGGACAACCUGAGACUCACCAUGUCGCCGUCACAACAGGCUAGUGACAUCAUGGCUGGAAAACCGCAGUACUGGGGUGGAGCCUGGACGCCCGGAUGGUGCUGACCCGGAGUAUGGCUACA